CGCCCGCCUGCCCGCGCCGGGACUGUCUGGGCCGGACGCGGUGGCGGCGCGGGGAACGGUGACGGCGUUGCCAUGGCGACGGGGAGGCUGCUGCUGCUGCGCGCGGGGCCGCGUCUGCUACGGGAGCACCGGGGCCGGGUAUCACAUUGCUUGAUCAGAAGAACGUUUUUUGGACAUCCCCUAACUAAAGCAGGUUCUGGUCUGGUCCAGCAGACUAAAGAUGUUUGUUUGAGGUUCUGCAGACCACGGAGUUCUACAACAGCUGCUGACACAUCUGGAGAGGACAUCCUGCUCAAAUGGGGCCUUUUCCUGGUGCCUCUGACCACAUUCUGUCUCGGCACAUGGCAGGUUCAGCGACGAAAGUGGAAAUUAGAUUUGAUUGCGCAACUGGCAUCAAGAAUUACAUCAGAGCCCAUCCCUCUGACCUUAGACCCCAUGGAAUUGAAGGAGUUGGAGUACAGACCUGUAAAGGUCCGAGGGCAUUUUGACCACUCCAAGGAGCUCUAUAUUUUGCCACGGUCACUUGUGGACCCUGAGCGAGAAGCCAGGGAAGCUGGGCGGCUGACAUCUCACCCGGAAAACGGAGCAAAUGUCAUUACUCCUUUCUACUGCACAGAACUAGGGGUCACAAUUUUAGUCAACCGAGGAUUUGUGCCCAAAAAGAAACUGAAGCCGGAGACCAGGCUGAAGGGACAGAUUGAAGAUGAAAUUGACCUCACUGGGGUGGUGAGGUUAUCGGAAACCCGGAGACCUUUUGUGCCUGAAAAUAACAUCGAGAAAAACCGCUGGCACUACCGUGACCUGGAGGCUAUGGCAAAGGUGACCGGCGCUGAGCCCAUCUUUAUCGAUGCAGAUUUCAGAAGCACAGUCCCUGGGGGGCCCAUCGGAGGCCAGACAAGAGUGAGCCUGAGAAACGAGCACAUGCAGUACGUCAUCACCUGGUAUGGCUUAUGUGCUGCAACUUCAUUCUUGUGGUACAGAAAAUUUAUACAAAAGUUACCUCUGUGAGGUAAAGGACUAAUUUGUUUUGUACUGCAGUCAAGAGCAGACUUCUAUAAAGACAGCAGUCUGAUCAGUCCUGAAUAACUGAAGCACCCAGUUUCAGAGCAACAUGUUCAGUCAACAUGCAGCAGCUACCCAACUGCACACAAGACUUCAAGCAACGGAUGCAGACUGAACACAUACCAGUGUGAUUUGGCUGCAGCUUGGAAGCAUUGAACUUCAAAACUGUGGCAGUUGAAACUUGUAGCAAAACUGAAUUAUGCAAUUAUCUCAAGGAUCCAUUUUUCUGUUGUGGUUGGUAGUAAGCUACAUUUUAUCUUCUCCACUGCUGUAUUUUCCAAAAGAGAGCAAGGGAUUUCAUGAAUCAGUUUCUUUGCACUGAGUAGUCAUUCCUGAAGUCAGGAGUGGUUCACAGCAGUUGCAUCAGAAUAAAGAGGGCCUAUUUGUG